AUGGCACCAUCAAAGAAGGAAGAAGACCCAGAAAAUAUUUUAACACGAGCGCGUGCAAAACGCGAUGUUCUAUUAAAGUCAAUCAACCGUAUUCACGAUACAGCAGUAGAGGCACGCGCUGAUAUAAGUAAAAUUCCGACAUUAAUUAUUCACGCCGAAGAUUUAAAUGUUCUCGUCGAUCAAUUCCAGUAUCAACAAGAUAUUAUUAUUGACGCAUUAAUCAGCGUAAACCGUGUUCCCGAAUUCGAACAAAAUGAUCAUCCGUUGAUUUCGACCAUGGACUCCAUGCGUCUCGAAAUCAAAACAAUUCUCGCGAGUGCCGUUCCCGCGAGUGCCGCUCCCGCGAAUGUUUCCGAAAUUAAAUCGUCGCCGUCGUCAUCCAUCGCCUCUACGUCGCAGCAAUUUAUUCCGUUACCGAAAAUCGACUUACCUACGUUCGACGGUAAUCUGUUAGAAUGGCGUUCUUAUCGCGACAUUUUUAUUUCUCUCGUGCACGAUAACACUAUUAUUGGCGACGCACAACGUUUUCAUUUUUUAUUGGCGAGCUUAAAAGGUGACGCGUUAAAAGUCAUUAAAUCAAUACCGUUGUCCGCGAACAAUUACGCUCUCGCGUGGGAUGCAAUAUCCAAGCGUUUUGAUAACAAACGUCUAUUAGCUUCCGCACAUUUAGAUAAGCUGUUUGCUUUUAAGCCUAUCGAACGCGAAUCGCUUACAUCGCUGUUAUCAUUCGUCGACACCUUCAAAGAAAAUGUGUCAUUAAUCAAGUCGCUCGGUGUCAAUGACCUCGCUGGUUUUUUACUAUUUCACAUAGGAUCUCGGGUUCUUGAUGCGUCCACGAUACAACUAUUCGAAUCCAGUAUCUCUCCGUCGACAAUCCCUACGUUCGACGAAUUACUCGAUUUUGUCCAACAGCGGUGCCGAGUAUUGGAAAACAUAAAAGGUUCGAGUAAUUUCGACAGUAAACCCGCUAGUAUCGUAAAACCGCGCGACAAUAAUACGCGUAAAUUCGUGGCACCUAGGAAAUCAGUUUUUGCCGCCACCACAUCUACAGUCAAGUCGAAAUCGAGAAGUUGCCCGGCAUGCGAUAAGACCGACCAUAUCAUUUACCAAUGUUCAAAGUUCAACGACAUGACCGUUGAAAAGCGCCGCGAACUCGUAGUGUCACGGAAACUAUGUUUCGCGUGCAUGAGCCCGAAUCAUAUGCUGGCUGCGUGCACGUCAACAAAGGGGUGUCGCUCGUGCAAUAGCAAACGUCACCAUACAAUGCUACAUGUUAAUUACGAUCGAAAAGCAACCGCGGGUCAGAAUACCAGCUCAGGUUCUCCCGCCGAACAAUCGAGUUCAUUUUCAGGUGCAGCGUGCACCAACUCCACGGUCGUACUCGGUACUGCAAUAGUACACAUCAAGGAUGCCUGGGACCAGGUUCAUUCAGUUCGAGUGCUACUCGACAGCGGCUCCCAAAUUUCGGCCAUGACAAGCGACUGUUUCGCUCGGUUAGGUCUGUCCAAACGUCGUUUCAAAACUAAUAUCGUCGGUCUCGCGCAAAGUCCCGUGAAUCAAGUACAAGGCGCAACCAGCUGUCAAUUUUCGUCGCAUUUUGACCCUCAGUUGUUCCCGUCAGUCGAUUUAGUGAUCCUCACUCAAAUCACCACCACCAUGCCGUCUACGCGGUUACCAGCGAGCGUACGCGCUAAGUACCAACACCUCUGUCUCGCCGACAACAAUUUCGACAUUCCGUCGCGCGUCGACGUUCUAUUCGGCGCCGACAUAUUACCAAGUCUGGUUCGCGCCCACGCCGGCGUCGAGCACCAUCCCGGCCUUCCAUCGGCCUUGGACACGCAACUAGGGUGGAUAGUUUUUGGAUCAUUCACUACGCCGAAUUCGUCAUCCUUAUCCGCGUUGACCACUGCCGUAAGUCCGCCGGCGAUUGGGGACUUAAUUCAACAGUUUUGGCAGGUCGAAGAACCCGCCGCACCAUCGACGCCCACCACAGAGGACCAAUGGUGUGAAGAAUAUUUCAAGACAUCUACUUCACGUGAUUCGACAGGUCGAUUUUGUGUUGCCCUGCCAUUUCGUCAUUUAUUCACCGACUCAGAUCAACGUCAACACGCCGCGCCGCGUCACGGUCUCGGUGACUCGCGCUCCAUAGCGCUAAAACGAUUUUAUAAUUUGGAAAAACGGUUAACCAAUGAUUCCGUUUUGUACGCGGCCUACCGAAAGUUUAUGUCAACAUACCAAUCACUAGGACACAUGGUACCAGCUCCAUCACCAGGCACAUAUUUCAUUCCGCACCACGCCGUGCUUAAGGCCGACGGUGACGUGUCCAAAAUACGCGUCGUGUUCGACGCCUCGUCCGCUUCGUCAUCCGGUCGCUCUCUCAACGACGUCUUGUGCACCGGGCCUAAAUUACAAGUCGACCUACGCGACAUACUACUUCGUUGCCGCAUGCACAGGUACAUUUUGUCCGCCGACAUUGUCAAAAUGUAUCGACAAAUUUUAAUCCGUCAAGAAGACCGGACAUUUCAACACAUAUUUUGGCGCGACUCGCCCAACGACGAACUCGUCGAAUUUCAACUGUGUACCGUCACGUACGGUCUCAACUGCGCGCCGUAUCUCGCCAUACGCUGUCUUCACGAGCUCGACCGUCAAGAAGGUUUUCGUUUUCCACUAGCGAAGGACGUCCUCACUCGUGCCGCUUACGUCGACGAUAUCGUUAUCGGCGCCGACACAGAAGAACUGCUAUUAAGUCGAAAAGAAGAUAUUGUUGGUCUACUACGCAGCGGCGCCUGCACAUUAAGCAAAUGGACUAGCAACAGUACCGCCAUACUCGAAUCCGUCCCGUCCGACGAUCGAGUACAAUCUAUGUCUUUCGACCCGCGAGAAGAGCACGCCGUCAAAGUCCUCGGCCUGCAUUGGGACACCAACAUUGACAGCUUCGCAUACCACACCAGCCUCCAACAAACGUCGUCCACGAAACGCCAGGUGUUGUCCAUCAUCGCGCGUUUGUUCGACCCCGUCGGCGCGCUCGGCCCGAUGUUGUUGUGGGCAAAGUGCUUUAUGCAGUUAUUGUGGUGUUCGAAACUCGGCUGGGAUGAUCCGAUGCCCGACGAGUUGCAAUCGAUGUGGCAACAAUUUUGCACGGAGUUGCCGCUAGUUUUCGAUUUGAAUUUACCACGUCACAUUGACGUCACAUGUCACCAGGACAUCCAGUUACUCGGCUUCGCGGACGCGUCAAUUAAAGGUUAUGCGGCCGUCAUUUAUUGGCGCAUUGUCGACACUGUCGGCAACAUUUCUGUGAAAUUCAUCACCAGCAAGACGAAGGUUGCCCCCCUGAAGAGCUCUGCCGCCGACGAAUCGUUAUCUAUACCGCGCCUAGAGCUGUGCGGCGCCCUGCUACUCGCGCGCACGCUUCAUCACGUGCACUCCGUGUUGUCCAGCGAAAUUGCCGUAUCACGUUUGCGAGCGUGGUCGGACUCAUCGGUGGUUUUGUCAUGGUUGACGUCAGACCAAAAACAUUUCAGGAUUUUUGUAACCAACCGGGUUGCCAAAAUAAGUCAAUUAGUACCUAGCUGUAGUUGGAACUACGUAUCAACGAACGACAACCCCGCUGACCCAGCAUCUCGCGGACUUUUACCGAAGUCGAUGUUGUCCUCGUCCAUCUACUGGAACGGUCCCGAAUUCCUACGUCUUCCUGAAGACCAAUGGCCACAAUCGAAAUUUAUUCCGUUCGCUCCGGAGCAGCUGCCGGACACUCGGCCUAACGUCGUCGCAACAUUGGCCGUCAACACUCAAUCGUCAUCAUUGGACUUCAUCAGUCGUUUUUCGUCGCUUGACAAAAUGCUACGAGUAUUGUCGUACGUCUCCCGUUAUUUGUCUCAUCGUUUACGACGACAGCCGAUCCGUGUCGGUCCUAUCACGUUCGCCGAGCGACAAGCGUCGUUAUCGAUCAUCGUACAGCGUACACAACAACGUUGUUUUGCCGAUUUAAUCAAAAUGUUAAAAAAUCAAUCCACGAUUUCGCCGCCGUCCUUGGCACAACUGGCGCCCUACGUCGACGAGAAGGGUAUCAUCCGAGUCGGGGGCCGUCUGCGCUUUUCCGAUGCCAGUCAUGACGCGAAGCACCCGAUUUUGCUGCCGCGAUCUUCGCACCUCACCGAGCUGAUCAUCCGCCAUUAUCACUUGUCAUUUUUGCACGGCGGCUCCAAACUGAUACUGUCUAUGUUACGUCAAAAGUUUUGGAUCUUAUCUGCCCGCGCUGCAGUUCGUCGUACCAUUUUUUCGUGCGUCCCGUGCACACGCCACACGGCUGUCCGCCCUCAACCGUUGAUGGCUGACUUACCGUCCUACCGAGUUCAACCUCAUCGUCCGUUCUCACAUGUCGGCAUGGACUACGGAGGGCCGUUCCUCGUUAAGGAACACCGUCGUCGAAAUGCACAUUCGGUCAAGGUCUACCUCGCCUUAUUCAUUUGUAUGUCCGUCAAGGCGGUCCACCUCGAAAUCGUAUCAGACCUCAGCACUGACGCCUUCCUCGCAGCUUUGGACCGGUUCGUUGCCCGCCGUGGAAUUCCGUCUAACGUUUAUUCGGACUGCGGUACAAAUUACGUUGGCGCCGCACGCCAGCUAAAAAUGUUGUUUCGUGACGCCCGGGCCCAAGACCGUCUAUCGUCGCACCUAGCCUGCACAUGGCAUUUCAACCCGCCUGCCGCGCCACAUUUCGGUGGACUGUGGGAGGCCGGUAUCAAAAGCGUCAAGUCUCAUCUCAAGCACGUCAUCGGCCAACAAGUGUUAACAUACGAGGAGUUCCUCACUUUGACCACACGCAUCGAGGGCAUUCUAAACUCCAGACCGGUCACGCCGAUUUCAUCCGACCCUCAUGAUUUGAACGCAUUAACGCCAGGACACUUCCUGAUUGGGCAGCCGAUCCAUGCCAUGCCCGAACCAGACACCACCCACGUUCAAAUCAACCGACUGAAUCGAUGGCAACUCAUCCGUCAGUGUCAUCAGUCAUUUUGGAAAAGGUGGUCACGCGAAUACUUGUCUACACUCCAGAGUCGACCAAAAUGGUUCAAGUCGUCCCCGAAUUUGUCGAUCGGUGACAUGGUCAUCGUUGAAGCCCCGUCUCGACCACCAACCGAGUGGCGUCUCGGCCGUGUCACAGAGGUCCAUCCCGGAUCCGAUGAUGUCGUGCGCGUCGUGUCCGUGCGCACUCAAGACGGCGUCUACAAGCGCCCAGUUGUAAAACUCGUGCGCCUACCUGUCGAGCCCUGA